CGGCCCAGCCCUGGACGCGCUGCCCUUCCUUAUACGGGGGUCGAGGCGACGUCCGCGGACGAACCCGUGAAGCACUUGAGCAGCUUCGUGACGCCGGACGACGCGCGCGCGCGCACGGCGGGCAGCUUCGUCGCAGGCUGCCCAAAGGACACACAGCGCUUGCUGCCCACACGACGCCAAGCGACGACAGACAACAAGUAGACCAACAUGGGCCAGGUCAUCGGCAAGGGCCGCAUCCACGCCGACGCUAUUCCAUUUAUCAACUUGGAGCCGGACCGCGUCGAGAAGCUGUGGAGCCACUACAAAUUACAUUCCGACGGCUUCGCCCUGGACCCGGACGCGUUACAACACGUCCUCAAAAUUAUAUACGAGGACGACGAGGCCUUCGAGCAGAAAUGCCGCGCGUUGUUCGCUAAAUUGGACACGGACAGAAACGACUUAAUCGACGCCCUCGAGUGCCUCGCGACGCUCGCGUCAGCUUCUGGGAUGAAGCCGCAACGCAAAUUAACUUUUGUGUUCGACCUCUACGACUUCUCGGAGAGCGGCGAGUUACUGUUAGAUGAAGUUACUUUACUGUUGAAGUCUACCGUGACCGGCCUGUGCAAGAUUUCUGAAGGCGAGUCCAUACCGUCGCUCAAGGAGUUCGAGGAUUUGGCACGCCUCGCGCUGAAGCUGGAGCCGUCGAAAGACGGGAAAGCCGUGCGGGACGUCACAAGUACGAUUAGUAGAGCUCAAUUCGUCGCCUACGCCGUCGCGAACCCCACGAUCAGUUCCUGGCUGAACCACUACGACGACUUAACGGCGCCCGUUGCCGUUUCCACUGAAUUUGGGUUGCAGCUGCUACCGGUGAGUGACGAGUACGACUUGUAUAAGCGUAAAGGCGCGUUCGAACCGAGACCGGGCUUGAAUGAAGCUCCGUGUCUCGCGAAGUACGCCGCACUCACACCGAAAGUUCCCGAAGGUGAAGAAUUCGUACCGCGGACGGCGACGGACGCGUCGCUCGAGCUCGAUUACGUCUUCGGCUUCGGCGCUCCUGGAAGUAGGGGAUCCGCGGCCUACACGACUGGCGACGACGUCGCCUUCCACGCCGCGGAAUUAGCUAUCCUGCGGAGUUCGGGUGACGACGGCGUUUCGCAACAAUUUGUGAGAGCCCACGAUGCCACGGUGACGGCGCUAGCCGUGUCUUCUGACGGCGCGACCGUCGCCACGGGGCAGCGUGGCGAUUCCAGGAUUGUUGUGUGGUCCUCUUCUACACAGAGUGUCCUGGGAGUAUUGAAAUCACACACCGGCGCUGUAUCGUUACUAGCCUUCUCCGAGGAUGGGAAACUAGCUUCGAUCGACUCCAAUGGCGGUUUAUGUGUGUGGGAAGACAUGAAACGAGUAGCUUCCGCUUCAUUGACGACGCCGGCGCUCGGCCUGUGCUGGACCCAGACGGGCUUCGUGACCUGUUCUGAAGAGGGCGUGCUGUUCUGGACGCGGCACCGGGGGAAAUAUGUGUCUCGAUGCGGCUUGAACGGGCCGGCCGAGGCCUAUACGGGGUGCGUUACCUUACCUUCGGGUGACGUAUUAACGACUACUGGUGGAGGCGGCUUCGUCGUCUGGCGCGGCCGGAACUACCUAAGGAGCGUCGACGGAGCGCACGACAACGCGAUUGCGGACCUCUCACUAGUCUCGGGCGAGAUCCCGCUCCUCGCGACCUGCGAAGGCAGCAAAGUAAAGAUCUGGAAAGCUGCCGAAUUAGAAGUAGUGAUGCAGCUCGAUCUGACGACGAUCCCCGCGAUUGGUGCCGCCACGACGGUUUCACUCCACAAAUCAGGUUCGAAGGUAUUAGUCGGGACGUCCGAACGGGAAUUGUACGAACUCUCAGCUUUAGGUGAAGGUGCGCUCGAACCGAAAGACGAAGAGGAAGGAGGACCGACGGAGGAGGUACCCGUGGGCGAGUUGCUCAAUACGAUCGCGAUCGGCCCGUCCGGCUCGGGAAUCACGGACUUUUCUUCCGCGUCGACGAAGGUCGCGACCCUAGACGCCGACGGGAUUGGAAGGGACGGCACGGUCGUGGUUUUGGAUUUGGAGGCGAAAUCCAUUGUUGGGAGAGAGGUCGUCAUCGGCGGGACGUCGUGCUGCUUGUCCCCGGACGGGUCGCAAGUGCUCGUGGGCAAGGAGAACGGGUCUGGUCUAGUGUUUGGCAUUGCGGACGGCAUCAUGACGCAGGCGGGGGUCCUGACGCCGCCGGAGCCCGAGCCCGAGCCGGCUCCCGAGCCCGCGGAGGGCGAGGAAGGUGCUGACUCAGCGUCUGUUUCCGAACGUUUCCGAACUUCAAGGUCGCGUCGAUGGCGUCGCCGCGAUGCCGCACCGCCUUGACGCCCUCGACGCGGCCGCAUGAGAGUCUACGCGUCUCGCGCGGGAGUCACGGCCACGUCGCGACGGCAUCGUUCCCACACAGGCGAGGAGCCCGCUCCCGUCGAGGAACCGGCGACCGUCGCACCGAUCUCCGCGGCUCAGGUCUGCCGCUGGGCCGAAGGCACGCUAGCACUAGCCUGUGGCGCUACAGUAUACUUAUACGGUAGUGAUUUCGCACCGAAGGGCUCCGCUUCAUUAAAUGCGGACGUCACGGCCAUGGACUUCAAGGCCGACGGAUCGGUCUUGAUGGUCGCCACGGCUGAUUUCGACCUCGCCUUCAUCUCGGCGGAGGACGGCUCUACGCUACCAGACAGGAAGGGCCGGAACGGCGCGUGGGCCACGUCCACGGUAGCGAUAGCGUACGGCUUCAAGGGCGUCCUCGCCAGUCUCCCGCACUCGGGUCGCGACGAUCCUUUGUGCUAUGCUGCUUCAGGAAACCUGUGUGCGGUCGGGAACCGGUUCGGUUCGAUAGACUUACUACCCUACCCGUGCACGGAGAAAAGCAGUAAAGUCACCGUGUCAGGCCACGGCGCGGGCGUCGCCGGUGUGAGUUUCUACGGCGACGACGGCUUCGUGAGCGCCGGUCUCACGGACGGUUGUCUGAUCCUGUGGAAGGUCGAGUCCGAUGAAGUCGAGGACGACGCGGCCGCUCCUGAAGAAGAAGAGGAGGAGGAGGACCUCGGAUUUGACAAGUACGACGCCACGCAAGAUGCGCACCUCGCCGAGAGUGCUGAAGAUGUUUCGGAACGAAUCAGAGCUAUAAGAGCCAACGAUUCUCAAACUCUCUACGAUCUAGAAGACCAAGAUGGAGAGGACCCCACGGCAGCCUGGCGGGACGCAGUGGUCGAAGGAAAAGGCUCUUCCGCACAAGUCGUCCCUGUAGAUGAUUUGUCGCUCGAGUGGGUCCACGGUUAUUCUGGACAGUCCAUGCGGGGCAACGCCCGCUACGCGUCGACGGGGGAGGUCGUCUACCCCGCCGCGUCGCUGGGACUGGUUCUGGACAAGACGGCCGUGUCCGAGCGGAUGGUCCGCAGUCAGAAAAUGAUGAGCGUCCAUGCGGGCCCGAUCACGGCCCUGACGACCUUGGGGGACCUCUGCGCCACGUCAGCUAAUGCUUCGGUGUUAAUUUGGUCUUCUGCCGAUACGAGUGGUGUGCAAGGCUUUUCACUCUUACAUGAGGGUUGUUCCGCCUUAGCAUUUAGUCAAGACGGUCGUUAUUUAGCGGCGGCGUCGUGCGACGACGCUCACACUCUCCAUGUGUUUGGCCUGGGCGCGAAGCAAGGUUUGGUCGCCACGGCCUCUACUGGUAAAGACAAGAUUCUAGAUGUAGCCUUCUCCAAGGACGCGACGACGAUAGUCUAUGGUGCUUCGAACAGUUUCGGUGUCUGCACGUUAAAUGGGUCGCUACUAACAGUAAAAAGAGGCUUAUUCGCGGGCCAGAAGAGGCAGGCCGUCUUUUGCUGCGCUUUCGUUUCCAACGGCGACGAGGAGAAGGGCGUCGUCGGGACCCAGUCCGGUUCCAUUUUUACGUUGGACGGUCGUUCGUUAGCCGAGGAGAACCACUCGCACAUGGGAGGACCUUGCUAUACGAUGUGGAGUUGCACUUCUGUUGAAGGUGAAUCAGACUUGGACAGUGUCGUCCUCGUGACGGGCGGCUACGACGGCAAGGUCAAGCUCUUCUCCUACGACAUGGAGCUUCGAUUAGAGUUCGACGCGCGGCAGCACAGCGUCGACGGCUCGGUCAGUUCCGCGUGCCUCAAUUAUGACAGGAGGAAGGUCCUCGUCGGGACGGCCGGUUCCGAGAUUUUUGAAUUCGCGACGAACGACGAGUCGGACCUCAAUAAAGGACCGUUGGUGAGUGGCCACUGCUCCGGUUCACUCAAGGCCGUCGCGUGUCAUCCCAUACUACAGGAAGUGGCCACGGUCGGCGACGACGGCUACCUGCGAACGUGGAGUCUGUCUUCCCAUAAACAACUAAGAAAAUUAAAUGUGGGCCACGCGUCGCGCGCGCUCGCUUUUCUGCCCAACGGCCACGAGAUAGGUGUGGGCUUAGGCAUCGAAGGUACGGAUAGUAAGGACGCGGGCAAGGUCCUCAUUGUGUCCAUGUUAAAACCAUCCUUGGAGAUCGCCAAGGAGCUCAAGGACGCCAAUGGUGCCAUCACGUGCAUUUCCUUUAGUCCCGACGGUUGUUGCAUGGCCGUCGGGAGCGCCGACUCGAACAUUUACGUCUACGACACUUUGAAUUCCUUUGUCUUGAAGUGCACGUGCGAGGGCCAUAGUGACAUACCUCGCACAUUAGAUUAUUCUUCCGACUCGCUACGAAUUAUGUCCACUUCGUUUGCUGAGAUGCGGUGUCAUGACGCCCGGAACGGGGACAUUUGUGGCUACGACGCGACGAUGGAGAUCAGCGACUAUGAUGGGUGGACGGCGCCGCUGGGCUGGCCCGUCCUCGGCUGUUAUCCUCCUCAUUCUGACGCUACGGACAUCAACGCGGUCUGCAAGUCGUCCGAUAGUACACUGUUGGCUACGGCCGAUCGAUCGGGACUCGUCAGCUUAUACAGAUGGCCCUGCUCUCAAAAAUUGCCGGCGAAGACCUACAAGGGCCACGGCGGUGGUGUCGCGAUGUGUCGCUUUACCCCUGAUGGCGCUUACCUAGCUACGGUCGGCGAGAGCGACCGCUGUCUAUUGCAGUGGGCCCGGCGGUCGAAUGGUUCCUGUGCCAAGUCCAAGGGGGCGCUGCCUCCACAAACGAUGAGUGACGUGCCGCCUCCUCCCGAUUACCUCGAGCCCGAGGAUCCUUCUUCCGCAGAACCUUCCGAGUUGGUUGCACCCUCUACACCACCUCAAUUAAGCUUCUGCUACGGCGUGCCGCCCCAACUCAACAGGGUGGGGUACUCUACGCAUGGUGAUAUUGUACUGGGUCUCGGUAGCAAGGGCGUUGUGUACGACAAGAGCUCGCACACGAUGCGCUUCUUCUCCUCGAAGAAUUUAGUCUCUGCUUUUGCCUGCUCCGGUGCGUACGGCGCCGUCGCGGAAGUACAAGGUACAGUACACGUUUUUGACGCGGAGACCGGUCGGAAGUGCGGCUCGUUGCCUCCGUCGUUGAAGGCCGUGUCCCACUUGGUCUUCUCGGACGACGGCUCUACGUUGGUAGGAGUGGGCGUCGGUCUCAACAAAUUGUUGACGGUGGCUUCCUGGACCUCGAUGUCGGGUCGCUGGGAGGACUCUGUCGCUGCGGCAGCAUCACCAAUCCCGUUGACUAAUGUAGGAUUCGCCUGCUGGGGCGGCCCCUCUUCAUUAGCUAUUGGCGGCGUCGGCGAUACGGAUGCACCAGAUAUUUUAUUUUGCGACGUUUCGGGCAAGAACGUGUCUCAACGAAAAACGCAAUCUCUGAGUUUCGCCGCUUAUACGGCCGGCGGUUCCGUCUCAGAUACUAUCCUGGCGGGCACACCCUCUGGUCAAUUGGAGGUCUGGGCCGGUGCUACGGAAGUGAAACGCACUCAAACCACAGAGGCCCAUGCGGGCGGCGUGACGUGCGUCUCCGGAAAUAUAUCUGCCGGCCGCGACGGCUGGGUCAAGGUCUGGUCGAGUGACUUGGAGUGUCUGCGGUCGUAUUUCGUGGGGACCGCGGGUAUUACGUCACUAGCGGUUUCUCUCACCAAAAUCGCGACCGUGUGCGAUGGUGCAUUGGUGGAAAUUGUGGCCGACAGUGGAUGUGCUUCCACACUCUUGCAGGGUGAUGGUAGUGGACAAUGUGGUUUAGACGAAAAGGACGGCACUUUGUGUAUUACGGGCGACGGCGGUUAUGUGAGAUUAUUCUCUUCAACCACGAGGCAACUGAAGACAGCCUUCUCACUCACAGGAUUCCCGUCGCGCGCUUGUGCCUUCGCGCCCGGUGAGAGUACCCAUUUAGCUAUAGGGAUCGGUUCCGGCGCGCCGUCACUCGAUGUCGACGGCAAGUUUUACGUCCUCGAUCUCGUCCCCGACGAGCAUGGAGUAUCUUUGUCGAAGAUCGCGGAGGGCCACAACGCCAAGGCUUACAUAACCUGCGCUUCCUAUUCUCCCGAUGGCCAGACUCUUGCUCUUGGAGCUGCUGAUAAUGUGAUUUACUUACAUGGCGUCAAUGGUUCAACUCCGUAUGAGCUCUUCGCCGUCUUCGACAAGCACGAGGCGCCGAUCCGAUGCCUGGACUUCUCGUCCGAUAGUAGUACUAUCAGAGCGGUGUGUGUCAACAACGUCCUCAAGUCUUGUAAGAGCGCGUCGGGCGACGAAGUGCCUCUGUCGGAUAUUGCGUGGGCGACAGCUAGGUGCCCGGUUGGUGCUUUAGUCUCAGGCUUAUCGAACGCGUCGGAUCCGCCCGUCGCUUGUGCAGUGAACGACGGUACCAUUGUUUCUGCAUCACAUUUUGGCUCCGUUUCAGCUCGAGUCUGGCCGGCGACGGACGCCGCGUCGGCACCAUCCACAAGGGGCCACGGCGGGCCCUGCGCGUCGAUCGUCUACGCGUCGACCGUCGCGUCGGCCGGCGCGUUCGACGGCUGCGUGCUGCAGUGGAACGUGGCGCCUGCUACGGCGGCGCCGCCGCCGCCGCCCGACCCCGUCGUCGUGACCGAGGUCGAGCCGGAGGCGGAGGACGCUCCUGCGGAAGAGUAGUUGCCUCCUUCCCCCUUCCUAAGAGAGGUU